GAUCAAUUCGGGAGUGGAAACACCGCCGGCAGGGUGGAGGAGCAAUAUGCCACACGAGGAUUCUAUGGGGAGUCUCUACACGGCGCCCCAUUCGAGGCUUCUGCCUCAUUCAAGCUGACGAGGGGACGCACCGCUGCCCACUAUCAUCACUAUCAUCAUUACACCAGCAGUCUGCGGCGUCCUGGCGCUAGACCCGCACCUAGAUACCACUUUCCACGCGGUGUAUUCAGUGAUGAGACGCAGGAAGAAAUACAAGAGGACGAUGAAGCUACUCUCAGAGAGUUGCUCGUAAGGUAUGUCCUCUUCCUCAAUUACAACCCCCCUUAG